GCUGUUCUCUUUUUUCGAACACAUGUUUUGACCUUUUAGUGGCAUCAUGCUGUAGGAUGGACGGUGACAUUUACCAAAAUAGUUUACAUUACACUUAAGAUUUUUAUUUUUUGUUAAAGACUUCCGCCUAUCGUCAUGCUACCCGCAGUCCGUAUUCUCUGAGCAAUUUUGUAGCUAGUUAGGUAGCUCGCUCAGACCCAGGAACAAUCAGGCCAAAUGUUAUCAAAAAUGGCGAGUGGAUAUUGCAGGUCUUUGCUUACCUCUUCAAUAUUUAGGAGUUUUGCCACUAGAUAUAUUAAUUCGAGGAAGAUUUGGGAAUGUAACCGAGUAGCCACAACUCUGGCGAUGGUCAGAGACGUAAGUGGGUGUACACAGUUCUCUCACCACUGGACAGCUGCACAUAUUCGCCUCCUUCGGGUUUUUUCUCUUAGAAAUGUUUUGUCUGCGCAAAAACUGUUUACCGAGGCAGGUGCUCCUUUCAAUGAAGGCGACUACCCACCUUUACCUGAAUAUAAAACAGACCCAGGACAUGAGAGUAAGGAUAUUUUCAUGGUCUGUGUCAAAGGACUCCCAUGGUCGUGUACUCCUGAAGAUCUCUUGGAAUUCUUCUCGGAGUGCCAAAUUCAUGAUGGUGUGAACGGAAUUCACCUGACAGUAAACAGAGAAGGGAGGCCGAACGGAGGAGCCGUUAUUGAGUUGGAACAGGAAGAGGACAUCUUCAAAGCUUUGCAAAAACACAGAGAGUACAUUGGAUCCCGAUAUGUGCACGUCUAUGAAGUGAGCAGCAUUGAAGCUGAAGCCAUCCUGAUGCAGUCUAUCCAGCCCUUUGCCCAGCGGCGUCGAAUGGUCAAGCUUCAGGGCCUUCCUUACAGCUGUACAGAGAAGGACGUCGCUGAGUUCUUUUCAGGUCUGGAGAUAGUUCCGGAUGGGGUGGCACUGGUUACGGAUCAGAAGGGGAGAUACACAGGGCUGGCCUAUGUCGAGUUCACCUCGCAGGAAAUGGCGGAUCGGGCCGUGGCGAGGCAUGGAAGUACAAUGGGCACCAGGUACAUCAAGGUGUUGCCCGUUCCCAUCAAAAGUGAAGUCCAAUCCCAGAGAGGCCUGAAGGAGGAAGUGUCUCCAUCUUUACCUGCUGCUACUGAGACAGACACUCAUCCUGAAAGCAAAGAUCCAGUGCCCAGAUCAGUCGAGUAUUCCAGAAAUCUCGGACAUUCCGUACACACGGGAGGCCUGCCAUUUGAAGUGACUGGACAAGACAUUUUAAAUGCUGCUUUUAAUAAAGACGACUACCCCCCUUUACCGGAUGUUAAAACAGACCCAGGACAUGAGAGUAAGGAUAUUUUCAGGGUCCGUGUCAAAGGACUCCCAUGGUCGUGUACUCCUGAAGAUCUCUUGGAAUUCUUCUCGGAGUGCCAAAUUCAUGAUGGUGUGAACGGAAUUCACCUGACGGUAAACAGAGAUGGGAGGCCGAACGGAGAAGCCGUUAUUGAGUUGGAACAGGAAGAGGACGUCUUCAAAGCUUUGGAAAAACACAGAGAGUACAUUGGAUCCCGAUAUGUGCACGUCUAUGAAGUGAGCAGCAGUGAAGCUGAAGACAUCCUGAGGCAGUCUGACCAGCUCUUGGCCCAGCGGCAUCGAAUGGUCAAGCUCCAGGGCCUUCCUUACAGCUGCACAGAGAAGGACGUCGCUGAGUUCUUUUCAGGUCUGGAGAUAGUUCCGCAUGGGGUGGCACUGGUUACCAAUCACAAGAGGAGAAACACAGGGCUGGCCUACGUGGAGUUCACCUCGCAGGAAAUGGCGGAACGGGCCGUGGCGAAGGAUGGAAAUACAAUGGGCACCAGGUACAUCAAGGUGUUGCCUGUUCCCAUCAAAAGUGAAGUCCAAUCCCAGAGAGGCCUGAAGGAGGAAGUGUCUCCAUCUUUACCUGCUGCUACUGAGACAGACACUCAUCCUGAAAGCAAUGAUCCAGUGCCCAGAUCAGUCCAGUAUUCUAGAAAUCCCGAACAUUCCGUACACACGAGAGGCCUGCCAUUUGAAGUGACUGGACAAGACAUUUUAAAUGCAGGUGCUGCUUUUAAUAAAGACGACUACCCCACUUUACCGGAUGUUAAAACAGACCCAGGACAUGAGAGUAAGGAUAUUUUCAUGGUCUGUGUCAAAGGACUCCCAUGGUUGUGUACUCCUGAAGAUCUCUUGGAAUUCUUCUCGGAGUGCCAAAUUCAUGAUGGGGUGAACGGAAUUCACCUGACAGUAAGCAGAGAUGGGAGGCCGAACGGAGAAGCCGUUAUUGAGUUGGAACAGGAAGAGGACGUCUUCAAAGCUUUGGAAAAACACAGAGAGUACAUUGGAUCCAGAUAUGUGCACGUCUAUGAAGUGAGCAGCAGUGAAGCUGAAGACAUCCUGAGGCAGUCUGACCAGUUCUUGGCCCAGCGGCGUCGAAUGGUCAAGCUCCAGGGCCUUCCUUACAGCUGCACAGAGAAGGACGUCGCUGAGUUCUUUUCAGGUCUGGAGAUAGUUCCGGAUGGAGUGGCACUGGUUACCGAUCACAAGAGGAGAAACAUAGGGCUGGCCUACGUGGAGUUCACCUCGCAGGAAAUGGCGGAACGGGCCGUGGCGAAGGAUGGAAAUACAAUGGGCACCAGGUACAUCGACGUGUUGCCUGUUCCCAUCAAAAGUGAAGUCCAAUCCCUGAAGGAGGAAGUGUCUCCAUCUUUACCUGCUGCUACUGAGACAGACACUCAUCCUGAAAGCAAAGAUCCAAAUCUCGGACAUUUCAUACACAUGAGAGGCCUGCCAUUUGAUGUAACUGGACAAGAUAUUGUAAAUUUCUUCUCACCAGUGAGACUGGAAAAGAUCCUCAUUGAGCACGACGCAAACGGGAGAGCCAAUGGACAGGCCGUUGUGCGCUUCUGUAGCCAUGAAGAUGCAAUGGCUGCCAUGUCCAAAGACAAAGCGCACCUGCAAGGACAAGACGUUGGCUUGAUCCUGAAUUCUCCAACAAUGAUAGGAUACGAUGAAACCGAGAAACGGUGAAACCAUGAACGAGAGGUGAACAUCUCCGAUUUCCAGAUAUUUCAGAAAGUCCGUCUGCUCCUGAAUUAUUGAUUGAUCUUGGUAUUAAGUCUACAGCUAAAUCCUAGAAUGGCCUCUAAUUAAACCCAUUCCUGUGAAGUAAUGUUGUUACGAAUACCAUGUACGAGAGAGUGCUUACACAGUAGCAAUGAAACCAUUGUUUUUAAAAUAUGAGGAUACUUUAUACUGUAAAUUAAGGCUGUCUUUAUUUUUCUGCACUUUGUUGAGCUGUUGAAGAAAUUCCAAUUAUAAUGAAAACAGCACUAAAAAUCAAUUUGCCUUUGGUGGAAGUAAGCUUGUUACAAAGCCUGCUGCUUCACACCUAAGUAUAGCUAUAGGCUGAAUGGGCUAAAUUUUGUCUUUGUCUGAAAUUCUUGAAACUAAGUUUGGUUUCAAAGCUCUUUUGAGUUGAGGUAACAAGAUGAAUACGAGACAAUAGUUCAGAAUUUCCGCUUUUAUUUCCUGGUAUUUGCACGUAGAUGUGUUCAAUUACUGAGAAUAUAGCACCUUUGGUGUCAGACCACCUUAUUUUUAAGUGAGCCAAAGUAGUGGAACAGAGAGUACUGAAGUCAAUGAAAGUAAAUGACACUCAAUAUUUGGUAACAUAUCCCUUGCAGUAACUGCAUCAAGCCUGCAUCCCAUUGACAUCACGAAACUGUUGCAUUCUUCUUUUAUGAUGCUUUUACUGAAGCUUCUUUCAGUUGUUGUUUUUUUUCAGGGGGCUUUUCCCUUUUCAGAAGGUGAAAUGCAUGUUCAAUUGGGUUAUGGUCUGGUGAUUGACUUGGCCAGUCUAAAACCUUCCACUUUUUCUCCCAAAUGAAGUCCUUUAUUGUUGGUCAUUGUCUUGCUGCAUGAUGAAGUACCUCCCAAUUAGUUUGGACGUAUUUCUCCAUAAGUCGGCAGAUAGAAUGUUUUUGUAAACCCUGCUGCUACCAUCAUGAGUUACAUCAUCAAUAAAGAUUAGUGAGCCCACUCCAGAAGCAACCAUGCAAGCCCAAGCCAUGCCACUUCCUCCACUGUGCCUCACAGAUGAGCUUGUAUGUUUUGGCAGUUGUUGUACAAACUAUCACCAAUGCUUGUGCAAUGGCUCUGAUUUCCCCUCUUUACUAAGCUUCAAAAUGGCUUGCUUUUCUCCCAAAGACAAUUCUCUGGUCUUCAUGUUGGUUCAUCUUUUCUAACACAAAUGCAGUCUUCACAGGCAAAACCCAAGGUUAGACAUUCAUGACUAUUUAUUUUUAACCAAUCACUCUAACAGGACACAUCUGGGCAACAAGAAACACCUGGUGGUCACAUGUUCCAAUAUGUUGGCUCACAGGAAAAUUGGGUGGUCUGAUACAAAAGGUGAUAUGUUUGAAGUUGUUUAACAAAUCUAGAUAAAAAUACCAGGAAAUAAAAGCUGAAAUUCGGUCCAGUCAUCUCAUGUACAUCUCUUGACCUCAAACUCAAUUGUCUUCAGUGUAUAGCAAAAAGAGGAAUUGAUCUUGCUGUUCCAAUACUUUUUGAUGGCACUGUACACAGACAUCCUCUGGUGUACCAUUGAGAACUCAAAAGCAGACUUGCAAGCAGAGUUGUUUAAAUAUUGGAUAAAUCCAGUCUUUUGUAAGAGAAGUUAAACCGAGGUCCUGACUCACUGUGGUCAUUAAAGACCCCAUGAUACUCACCGCAAAGAGUAGGGGGCGAAGUUCCAUACAAUGGCUCUUUCAACCUGCCACCUACUCAUCCCAAAUUACAAUCACGUUGGCGCUAAUCUCACAAGUUUGUGCUCAAUUUUCAGAACAUCACUCAUUGUGCACUCGUAUCUUUGAAGAAAUCUUCCAACUCAUUGCUUCAAGUAACUCAUUUAUUCUGAAAUACUACAGGAACAUCUGUUUAGAUCACCUGCACACAAGAUACCUAUAGCUUCACUGUUUAUUUGUUUUUACAAUACUUGAAUAUUGCAGUUAGAAAUACUUGAUGCAUGUUUCAAUAUGGUUAUUGUUGUGGUUCUAAAUAAAGGGAAUAGUGGAAACCGUAGAA